AUGGAGCUCGAGAUCAUGUCGCGCGGCAUCUUCGUGCUACCGAAUGAGAUACUGUUAUCGAUCUUUAAUCUCUUCCCGACCAAAUCUCUAUUACCGUUCAUGCCAACAUGUCAGCCCUUCCACUCGCUCAUUCUCCGCGUGCUCCAUCAUAGACUGCAGGUCGCAGCAAGCUUGGCCGGGCAUACUCUCUACCUCGAGUGUUAUCAUCCGUCAGCUCAGCUGACAGCAGCGGAGUUCUUCUGUACCUCGCUCGGGACAGAUGGCCUUCAGGAUCUUGGCGCAGACAUCGCCAAUGGCUCUACUUCCAUCGGAGACGUUAGAAGAGCGGGCUCUCUCUACUCUCGCUUCCGCCCUCAGCGCAAAGAGCCAGAUACCUUGGGUCCGCCUAAACAUCCGGCAGGUGAUAUACCCGGCUCACGCACGUACCGGGACCCUUCAGCGGCACUGUCACCUGAGGACGCGGUCUCCGAGACUGUCACAGUAGACGCUCACGAGCUCUUCUCACAGUUGACAACGUUCGCAUACCUGGGCAAGCGACACUCGUCUCGAGGCCUACUAUUCAGUAUGCAGGAGGUCUGCGAAGGUACAAUCCGAGUAUGGCGGGAAUGGCUGUCGCGCCAAUGCGAGAGCAAGAAAUGGUCGGACGGUGAGAAUGUUGUGAUUCAUCAUGACCCACCAAGCGACGCGAUAGCCGGAAAAGGGAAGCAACGAUCGGACAGCGUUACUGGUUACCCUGAUCCGACUAAAGAUCCAAGAAUUCUUUGGGUUAACACACGAGACGACAACGUAGGCAUACGCUUUCGGGUGAAAGAGCGCAAAUGGCGACGAGCAGCGCCGGUCCUCUUUACGAGCGAUGUUGAAGUUCCCGUCAGUUACGAAAUCGACUUCGAAGAGGUAUUUGUGCGAACCACACAUUUACUGUUGAAGCUUGAAGAAGCCGAGCAGCAGAUGGACAAUCACAGCGGCAAAGCCAUCGUCUUUGGUUCUCACGCAGGUUUACAGGAGUACGACACUGCUGGAUCGCUUCGACGUCGAUGA